UGGAGGUAGUAUAGUAAAAGCAUUCCAGCCGCACAGUAUGAGCUUGAGCUGCUGCUCGGCGUAUCGGCGAAUUCUUACCUCAUCCCCGCGAUAAACCUCGACCGCCACCUUCUCGAAUGUGUAAGAGUAAAUAACCCGCACCCCUUGUCAGCCAAGAUGGAGGACGACUACCAGCGCUACCGUCGGCAGCAGGAGGAGGCAGUUUCAAAUAAUGCCGGGACUUCGGCCAGCGACGUGCUCUUCGCGAUUCUCCCCAACAUUUGCAGCAUUCUGCUGGCUCUCACGUUGAUCACGCUAGCCGGGCCGCAGAUCAACAAGCAGACUCGUAUUUUAAUCGAAUUUUGCAUCACCAUCGUACCAUGUGUCCUGUGUUGUACAGUGUUAUCCGAGAAAGUGAUAGCCGUUUCCCAGAUCUUCCUGAUCGUCUCCGCCGCGAACAUCAUGCUGACUCUCGCGUGCAAACCCCGAGACUCUUUCAAGGCCUUUCCUGCUAGUCAAAACGCCAGUAAGCUAGGUUUUAUCACGAACUUCCGCGCGUUGACCAACAUUAUGACUGCCGUCUGCAUCCUAGCGGUCGACUUCACCUGCUUCCCCAGGAAAUUCGUGAAGACCGAGACCUACGGCUACAGUUUGAUGGACACGGGCGUUGGAUUUUAUAUAAUCGCCAACGCUAUCGUGUCCCCGGAAGCCAGAAGCGUCGAGGCGAUUCAGAAGACUCCCUUUUUCGAGGGACUCAAGAAGACCUUGAAGGGCUGCGUACCCUUGAUAGCUUUGGGUUUAAUCAGAUUCGUCUCCGUGGAAUUGCUCGGAUACCAACGACACGUCAGCGAAUACGGCGUACACUGGAAUUUCUUCCUGACUCUGGCUUGCGUCAAGCUUUUCACGGGAGUGCUUUCCAAAAAUUUAAGCUCCAAGUACGCCCUGCCGACGGGACUAUGGAUCUUGGCGAUGCACGAGUACGCGCUGAGUACGAAAGGCUUGAAGGAAUGGGUCUUGAGUGACGAGCCGAGGAAAGAUCUGUUGUCUGCCAACCGGGAAGGCUGGGUCUCGAUCCCUGGCUACGUGGGACUUUACUUGCUGGGAAUAGCCUUGGGAAAACUGAUACACUCGUCGUAUCAGAAAAAUACCGACAAUCAAUUGAUUUUCAACAUCAAGUUCUCUGGUUACCAGUUUCACAUCGAAUACACUCGUUCCAUGUUUCUUACGAUAAAGUUGUACGCUCUCGCCAGUGUGGCAUUUUAUGCGACUUAUUAUUGCGAACAGUAUUUCCGCAUAUCGCGAAGAUUGGCCAACUCGGGUUACUGUGCGUGGAUACUCACUUUGAGUACUUUAGUACUUACCUUUUUAUUGAUGAUAGAUGUGAUAAUGGAAUGCAUUACUGGCUGUUUGAGAGACAAGAGUCGUCGAAAAAUUUCCAAACAAUUGCGACGCGAUGAUUUAAAUGCCAAAGAGAGUAUUAAUAUUGUAAAAACUCUCGAGAUAUUCGAGGCAAUCAACGACAACGGUUUGCUAUUUUUCCUCUUUGCAAAUCUAUUGACGGGCACAAUCAAUAUGGCCAUGAAAACUUUGCAUGCCGAUGAACUCCGUUCUUUGACCGUAAUCAUAACCUAUAUGGUCGUUAACGUAACUUUUGUUUUGUUGCGCUAUAGGGCAAGGUAUAUUCUCAGUGCCAAAAAGAUCAAUUAAUUCUCACAAUAAACUUUUUGAUUUCGGUGUAAUCUACCUAAUACAUAAAAUACGAAUUGAUAAGUGAACGUGUAUAAAGAAAGUAUUAAUGCAUGCAAUUUUUUGUAUUUCUUUAUAAAAUUUGUAUAUUUAUAAAAAUUAACAAUAUGUGUAGAAGAUUACUUCACAAACCAAAGCCGUUUUUAACAAAUAUAUUUUGAUAGAUGCACAUUUUUAACAAUUGCGUCAUAGUACAAACAUAUAAUUUAUGCUGUCAACAGUUAACAUUGUGAUAUUUUUUAUUGUUAAAUACUUAAGCAUUAUUAUAACCUCCUGUCCAUUCAAGUGAAUGUCAUAAUUCAUCUUGUAUUAGUCUUUUGUUAGUCUCUUCGGGUUUGCGUUUUUUUAUAAACGCAUUGAACGAAGCAUGGUUUCCGACGUGUUUCUCUGCUACGGAAACAAUUCUUACGAACUCUUCGAUAUCGAAGCUGUAAUUUGUAAAUUUAGCAUGUGCACCACCGUGAGGAUGAGUACCCUAUGAAAAUGUAAAGAAAAUUUUCACUUUAAUAAAUAUGAAUCACUAAACAA